GGGGGGAAGGAGGCGGCGGCGCGGAGCAGCGGAGCGCCGCGGGGAGGGGACGGCGAAGCACAGCGGGCGGCUCUCGGAGGGCUAGGGGGGAUUUUAAUCCGAUUCCGGCCGGCCCGGAUUUUAUCGCGAGCGGGUUUUAAAGCGCCUCUCGCCUCAGCGGCCGGGGCAGCAUGUCCGAAGCGGAGCAGCAGUUGGCGGCCGCCGCCGGCGCCACCCAGAACGGGCACGAAGCGGCCGAAAGCGCCGGGGGGGAGCAGCAGCAGCAGCAAACCGACACCGGCGGGGCCCCGGCGGCGGCAGCGGCAGCAGCGGGCUCAGCGGCGGGGGCAGCGACGGCAGCGGCGGCGACCACAACGGCGGCGGCAGCCGGAGCGGCGGCGGGAACGGCGGGGGCGGCCGCCAGCCAGAACGGGGCCGAAGGCGACCAGAUCAACGCCAGCAAGAACGAGGAGGACGCGGGGAAAAUGUUUGUUGGCGGCCUCAGUUGGGAUACAAGCAAAAAAGACUUGAAAGAUUACUUCACCAAGUUUGGUGAGGUAACCGACUGCACGAUAAAGAUGGACCCCAACACAGGAAGAUCCAGAGGCUUUGGAUUUAUUCUCUUCAAAGAACCUGGCAGUGUUGAAAAGGUUCUGGAACAGAAAGAACACAGGCUAGAUGGACGACUAAUUGACCCCAAGAAGGCCAUGGCAAUGAAAAAGGAUCCAGUGAAGAAAAUCUUCGUUGGGGGACUUAACCCCGAAGCCACAGAAGAGAAAAUCAGGGAAUACUUCGGAGAGUUUGGAGAGAUUGAAGCAAUUGAACUUCCAAUGGAUCCAAAGACCAACAAAAGGAGGGGGUUUGUGUUCAUCACUUUCAAGGAAGAAGAUCCAGUGAAGAAGGUUUUGGAGAAGAAAUUCCAUAACGUCAGUGGAAGCAAGUGCGAGAUAAAGGUAGCACAGCCAAAAGAAGUAUACCAGCAGCAACAGUUCAGUAGUGGUGGAGGAAGAGGUAGCUAUGGAGGAAGAGGCAGAGGUGGAAGAGGCGGUGCUCAAAGUCAAAAUUGGAAUCAAGGUUAUGGCAAUUACUGGAACCAGGGUUAUGGGAAUCAAGGAUACGGCUAUCAGCAAGGUUAUGGUGGCUAUGGAGGCUAUGAUUAUUCAGGAUAUGGGUAUUAUGGAUAUGGACCAGGCUAUGAUUACAGUCAAGGCAGUGCAAAUUAUGGGAAGACACCAAGGCGUGGUGGCCAUCAGAAUAACUACAAGCCAUAUUGAUCAAACUUAUUCAGGCCUGGCAGUGGUCACAGUUGAUGCCUACAAGCACUGGAUAUUCCACAAGUUGAAGACGGAAUACUGACUUGUUUACCUGAAGAUAAUAGGACUUCGGGGUAUUUCCUCAGAGAAAAUAUAAAUUUUAAUAUAAUUUCAUAAGCUUUGGAGGUUAGCUUGUCUCGUAGCUUCAGUGAUAUCAAACUUCUUCAAGUAGGAGCUAGAUAGAAAGCUGUUUAGUUUUUGCCAGCGUAUGUAAAACAAGACUUUUCUAUCUGCAUUGUAGAUUGUUUGUGGACACUUCCAGAUUCUUGUGCUUUCUGCAGUCAUUCUGGGGACUGAGCUCUCAUUGAUACCAAUAGAGGUUCCACGCACAGGACACCUGCAGGAGACCAGGCGUAGCAGCCCGCAGCGUGGUUUGGAGUAGUUCAUUGUUUUAGUUUGGAGAUGGCUGGGGGAGACGGGAAGAGCAACUGUACAUUAAGGGAACAAUCACACAUCUUCCCACUGACAUCAAUGAGAGAUUUGCCUUCAACCUUCCACAGAAGCAUUAGCUUUAAAUUGGGACAGAAAAGGGGUUUUUCAAAAGAACUAAAAGCCAGCGGGAGCUCGUUCAACUGCUCCAUACGCCUUUAAAACGCCCCGCACCAAAAGUGAUAGCUAACAUCAUGAAAUGGAAGUAAAUAAAAUGCAUUUUCAUUGCUGUUUUGAGUUAAAUAAUUCUUGUUUCUUGAUUUGUUAGUUGGUCUGGAUUUACAGAUUUAGUCUGUACAGCAACCAAGAGUAGUACCAAGAGUACGGUCAGUAACUGGUGAAGACGUGAAGUGUAGCCACAAAGCAAGCAACGCCUAGGUGUAGACCCUAAGCAGCAAACAAAGCUAGGUAACAGCAGUUUCAUGCCUACAAACGUAAAUCUUGGCGUGUCCACAUCUACCAAGCUGGCAGGUUCCCCUGGGGCCGAUAACCACAUCCCCUCCCCUGAGUCCCCUCUGGCACCGCUGCCCUCAGAGAUGCAGCGGAACAAGGAUCUGACAGGGUUCAGGUCUGCUCAGUACACCAAAAACGAUUCCCUUCUGUUCUCUUAAAUUCAAGGCCACAAAGCGCCCUUGUAUCAUCUGGUCUGGUCACGGGCAGGCUCUUAAUUCCACCUCAGACUCCUACACACAGGUUAGCAACUUGUAUCGGGCUCAAGUAUUUCAUCCAGAAACCAUCUGUGCAAUCAACAAGGCCUUAAAGUGGUGGGGAUUCCAUCACUGGGCUGGUUAGGAUUAACCAGGCUCACCAUUAAAACCCAUGGCUCGUUUUAUGUGAUUUUACGUAGCUUCAGCUUCCAGCCAUUGGAUGAACUUGUUUCUAUAAAGGAGUAUCUAUAAAGCAUCUCCUCCCUCUGAAGGAAUCCGAUUGCCUCAGUCUUCAUUGUAAGCUGAACAGACUUGUCUGUAAGCCAUUUUCUUCCUCCCUGAAACAUUUUUUAUGGCUCUUUGCUGCAUAAUCCUUGUUUUUUCCCCCCCGCAUCUUUAAAAACAUAGCUGGUAAAGAUGUUGGCAAUUUUUUUUUAAAUUUCUGUCACUAAGGCAAUGUGCAGAGAAAAAUCGUAACCAUCAUUUUAUUCAUUACCUUGCUCUGCAUGGGAUGUGCCUGAAAUAAGGUAAUUAAAAGAAAGAGACCUAAAAAGGGGAAUGAAAGAGGAGGGUGAAGAAAGCGCAGAGCUACAAAUUCCACAAUCAAACCACAUAAACCCAAGAAAAUCAAAUGCAAAUGAACCCUACAAACCAAGACAAAUGCCCCAAACUCUGCGAUUUGGGAAGCCCAGGAGCAACAGUCUGGGCUCUGUUGCUUAAGAAAAGACUUCAGCAGAGCCCUCCCCGUGGUGCAGCUCUGGCCUGGCAGUCUGAGCGUGUUGCUCUGUUGGAAGUUUUGCAGUGGAGGUUUCCCCGGUGGGAUCUGCAGUAACAAAGUGCUCGCACGUCUUCAGUCACAGACCAGGACCCAGAGGCGUUUCCUCUUGAGACAGAAGCUGUCCUUGGUAGGAACAGAGAUCCGCAGGCAGUCCAGCUUGGUGCAUUUCCCAGAGGCUCGCAAGUUCCAUCACAGCGGCAGGUAGCGACGAAGGGAGCUUGGCUUUGUAGCCUCUGCCAGUUCGAGGUCUUCUUGUUUGGCCGGAUGGCAUACGGCAGCUGCUUCCAUACCUAGGGCUGCAUCCUUUUCUUUUUUGUUUUCAGCCAGGUUUUUUCACUCUUGUAGUGCGCACGUACAAUGCAAAUACAGAGUUGAGAGCCAGAUUAGUGCAGGGACUCGGCCCUGCGUCGUGCGGUAAGGCACCCGAGGCAACACGCCGUCUCCGUGCUGUUAGUUCACACAGCAGCGCUAGCAGGGAGCACUGCUCAUUCCCAGCCAGGGUCAUCGGUACCUUGAUCACAUCUCGGUGUUACCAUGCGUAUCUGACGGGCCUGGGAGCUUUACAGUAUUUUCAAAGUCCAUAAAUGGCAGAAUCCAGUAUAAAAAAAGGUCAAUAUAUUACUGUUGAAGGGUUUUUUUUUCCUUUUUUUAUACAAAAAUUAAAAAGAUCAAAAUAUAUCACAUUAUUUACACACUGUGUUUCAUGCUUAGAGAUCACUGAAAAAGAACACAGACAAACAAUUUGAUCAAGAGAAACCCUCCACUACUAAUCUUCCUGCUAAUAUAAGGGUUGAUGGUCAGAUUUCGCUGAAUAUUAACUACAUCCAAGCAACUUACCACAAAAUUAAAAGCUGUUAUAUGCUACGAGCAUGCUUACAUUCUAACGGAGGGUUUGCAGCCGGUUAGUAACGUGCCUGCUGUUAAUUGAUGUGUGUCCGCGUACCACAUUUGAAGCUGGGUUAGCAAUCCCGCUCAGCUUCAGCGUCACAGCCUUGCUGGAGGACAAGCUUCCAGCACCCUCGUCUAAGUCUGGCUCCGAUGCUGGUCUGGGGGGAGACGUCUCUCUUUGGCACUGGCCGCCCUUCCCGUUCACCCCCUGGCUGUUCCAGGUGCACGAGCCACUAGGAAUGACCUGACCCCGUGCACCCAGAUGUCUUGGUCAGGCACUGCAGCAGCGCAGUUGUUGGGGUUAUAAUUACAGUGGCAGAAAAGCCCCGGUUUGGAAAUAGAUGUUUUGUAACUGACAAAAGGUAACCCCUGCUCGAGUCUCAGCCAGGACGCAGCGCGUUACGCAGCCGCAUUUUGGAUGUGGGGUUUUUGCCUGAGUGGCUCCAAAGCUGCUGGGGCCGUAACCGAGGCCUCGUCUGAGCGAGCCUGGCAGAACGCAGUUACUGACACUUAGGAGAACGAUUUCUCAGGCUUAGCAAGUUUUUGGAGUGGUGUUCCUAGCAUUUGUGCAGAUACCAGUCUGCUGCCGCGGGGAGCACGACAUGAAAUGAGGUCGGAUCCUGCUCCCACAAGGCGUGACGCUGUGUGCCAGGUGCGGAGCCGUGCUUAGAGGAAGCGCAGUUGUACGAUCACCGUGCACCAGACCAGCUACUCAGGGCCUACGCAAGGGUCUCUUAUCAUUAUCGUUACUGUACCUUGUGCCAACAUCCCGCUACUGGCAGUCCAUCUGGUCCCUGCAAAAUUGAAUUUACAGAAUUAAUUUCUGUUGACAGCGAUUUCAGUGUCAGACCCAGAAACCCAACGCUCCAUCCUCACAACAGCGAUGCGAGGUUUAGCGGUAAGGUUAAUUACCAUGCAAAACGUACACGCCGGGUAACCACAGAAACAGUUCCGCAGUGCCACGCACAGCACGAUGCUGAGUGCAGCCCAGGGUUAAAAAAAAUAAAAAUCCACACCUUCUUUUCCUUUAAACUAGAGAGGAAACGCAAACAAAUACAACGAUCUGGAACCUCAGUGAAUUAACUUUAUAACCUGCCGUUUCUGGUUUUUGUGAUCAGACCUUUACAUGGGAAGCAAGAUGUGGAAGUGUAUCUUCUGUUCAUAUGCGCUGUUCGGGUGGGGGUUGGUUUUGAUGAUGACCUGUGUUGAGCUCAGUUCUGUAGUACUUAGUUUCUUUAAGAAAUCUCGCGUUGCUGAACUGAUGGAAGCAGGAUGAGUGGUGGACUAUGCAAAGGCAGUGAAAGUACUUGUCUUUUUCUGACGGAGAUGCAAGAAACGUACAGAACUCAGCCUAAAGGGCUUGCUUGCCAGGAGGAAAAUGCUGAAAAGGAAGGAGCCCCUCAGAAGAGGAAGGAGGCCAGUGUGUGACCAACUCCUUCAAGAUACUCUUGAAGAAAACAGCUGACUUCAGCUGCCUCUUCUGAUGCUGGAGUUUGUAAGGCUCUUGGAUCUCUGAUUGCAUCAGUUCGUGCCUGGGGAGCUGCAGAGAGCACCCAGGCACCGACCCCUCCCUCAGAACCAUCUCCAGACCAGCCAGGGGCUGGAAGCCACGAGGACGUGUCUGCAGCAGAGAACUGCAAAUAGAGGUCAAAAUGCAUUUUUACAUUUUUUACUGUAAAAGUCAUCACAUUUUUUGUAUUCUGUAUUGAUUUUCUAUGUAAAGCAGCCGAUGCCCAAUAAAACAGAUGCAGUGAAGCAA